GGUGUCAGUGUUUUAUUUUCGAUGCCGCACUGUUUGUUUACAUCUCCUCAAAAUGCCGUAAAUCCAACAAGCGGAAUUUGAUCAAAUUGACGUGUAUAUUUAGUUAGUCAUUCAAAGAAAUUUCUACAGGCCAUGGACGACUUCAAUGCCAAAAAAUCUAGGGCUCAAAAGUUCCGCCAAGAUAAAUACAGAGAUCGGCACAAGAAGCAUCCAGCAAGUGGGUCCCAGGGUGGGAAAAGUGUCGCCAAAAAUGUUAACCAAGAGACUGUCUCAAAAGAGCCAGAUAACAAAGCAUUAAGCGAUAGUGAAAAUAGUGAAAAGGAAGAAAUGGAUUCCAAUCAACAAACAUUUUCGAGGCGCAAGAUGGUCAGUAAUUGGGACAGGUAUGAGGAGACAGUUGUGAACAGGUUUGAAGAAGAGGCUGAACCGACUGGAGCACUUUUUGAAGAACUUCUUUCAAUGCCCAUUUCAGGUGGCCACCUUAAAAUGAAACAUGAGCAUGAAUGGGGAAAAGAGAAAUCUGAGCUACAGAUGCCAUGGUUUCAAUUAGACAUCAAAGAUGUUGAAAAGAACUUGGCAACAAUGCCAUUCCUUCUACGUCAGAACUUAUCUUCCACUAUUUUUACUGAAAGUCAUCUGCAACGCAUGACCACAAGAGCCAAACAAAAUGCUGCCUCUUUAACAGAUGUAAAUGAAGGGAUUCUGAAAAUGCAAAGCCUGUGUGUCACUAGCACUUCAAAGAGUGCGGCAUCUUCCCACAGCAAAUCCACUGAAGAUGAACUGGGCUCUAACAACCAAGCAGUAGAGUUGAAGAGAGGAUCUGGAAUUCAAGACAGUAAUGAUGUCUUGGAAAACGAUGAUUUAGAUAGUUUGUUAGCUCUAGAUGUAAGCUCUUCAAGUUCAGUUAAUUUCAAACAACCUGGAAGUGAUAUUGAUAUGAUUGAAAAAGAUGACUCACUCUUAGACGAAACUGUGAAGAAAACACCUUUGAAGCAAGCGUCCCCUGUCUCUGCCCCUCAGACCACUACCCCUGCUGCACAGCCGUCUGUCUCUCUAGAUGAUUGGCUUGAUUCUAUUCUUGAUGAUUAAAGUUUUUUUGUAUUUUCUGAG